AUGAUUUCAUAUUUAGUCAUAAAAAAAUCAAAGGAGUUACCUUCAACACCAACCCACUCACUUUAUAAAUUGGACUGUGUUUUGUUGCCUCUUUCUCAUCGAAAAAUCUCAUCAAAAUCUUAAAAUUAACUAAGUCAUACCUAACAGAGAUAUAUGGCUGUCAGGAAGGAAGAGGAACAGCAAACUCAACUUGCUGGCCACAAUGAUCUCGGUCACAAGAGUCUCCUUCAGAGCGAUGCACUCUACCAGUAUAUACUUGAAACUAGUGUACAUCCAAGAGAGCACCAAAGCUUGAAGGAGCUCAGAGAGAUGACAGAAAAACACCCUUGGAACCUCAUGGCUACACCACCUGACGAAGGACAAUUUCUGAGCAUGCUUCUUAAGCUCAUGAAUGCCAAGAACACAAUGGAAAUUGGUGUAUACACUGGUUACUCUUUGCUCUCCACUGCCCUGGCUCUUCCCCCUGAUGGAAAGAUCUUGGCUUUGGACGUGAACCGCGAAUAUUAUGAGCUAGGGUUGCCCAUAAUUCAAAAAGCUGGAGUGGCACACAAGAUUGACUUCAGAGAAGGACCUGCUCUUCCUCUUCUUGAUGAGUUGCUUAAAGAUGAAAAUAACAAGGGAAGGUUCGAUUUCAUUUUUGUGGACGCCGACAAAGAUAAUUACUUGAAUUAUCACAAGAGGGUGACUGACCUUGUGAAGAUUGGAGGUCUGAUCGGGUACGACAACACCCUAUGGAAUGGAUCUGUGGUGGCUCCACCAGAUGCGCCUCUGAAGGAUUACGUUAAGCGUUUACUCCCUCAUGUGAAAGAGCUCAACAAGUAUCUGGCUCAAGAUUCUAGGAUCCAGAUCUGCCAGCUUCCUGUAGGUGAUGGGAUUACCCUGUGCCGCCGCAUCAUCUGAUCAAACCUUUUCAUUCCGUUUAUAUUCUCAUGAAUUUGGAUUUACGUCAUAUUUUUUAACGAA